AUGGCUGAUGCAAUUAUUAAUCUUGCCUUGGAGCAGCUGCUUCAAAUCACUGCUAAAAAGAUAAAGGAAGAGGUGAGGCUUGUUGGUAAUGUCGAAAAUGAAGUGAAAAAACUCCGGAGAAAUCUUAAAGCCAUUCAAGCUGUGCUACCUGAUGCAGAGGAGAAGCAAGUGAAGGACGAAGCUGUGAGACAAUGGUUAGAUCAGCUCAAAGACACAUCCUACGACAUGGAAGAUGUGUUGGAUGAGUGGAAUACUGAAAUCAUGAAGUUGCAGGUUGAAGGAGAACUUAAAGAUGCUCCUGCUCCUAAGCAGAAGGUACCUUCCUUCUUCCUCUGUUCUUGCUUUCGUAUCAAACAAGUUGUUUUACGCCGUGAUAUAGCACAAAAGAUAAAAGAAUUAAAGGGAAAUCUAGAUAGUAUUGUUGAAGAGAAAGAUAAAUUCAAAUUCAAGAAAAUGAAGAGUAUUGAAAUACCCAAACGAGUUCCAAGUACAUCCUUUGUUGAUAUGACUAAAACAUAUGGUCGAGAAGAUGAGAAGAAUUCUUUAGUGAGUAAGUUGUUAGAUGAGAGAAAUGAAGAACAAAAAAGCCUUCAUGUUAUCUCACUUGUUGGAAUGGGAAGAAUUGGAAAAACAACCCUUGCUCAACUAGCUUACAAUAAUGACAAGGUCAUAAGUAAUUUUGACACAAGAAUAUGGGUGUGUGUUUCAAAUCCUUUCGAUGAGUUUAGGGUUGCCAAAGCAAUCAUUGAAGAAUUGAAAUGUCCUACCAAUAAUUUAGUUGAAUUGCAGUCUCUUUUGCGAUGUAUUCAUGAAUCUAUUAAGGAUAAAAAAUUUCUUCUCGUUUUAGAUGAUGUGUGGUUAGAAGAUUAUGACAAAUGGGAAUCAUUUUAUAAUUGUCUAACGAAUGGUUCCCAUGGUAGUAAAGUUUUGAUUACAACAAGGAAGGAUACAGUUGCAUCUAUUAUGGGCUUAGUUUAUCUUGUCAUUUUGAAGGAAUUAUCUGAGGAGGAAUGUUGGUUGUUGGUUAAACGAUUCGCAUUUUCUGGUAGGCCUCCUAAGGAGUGUGAAAAAUUAGAGGAAAUUGGAAGAGAAAUUGUUGCAAAGUGCAAGGGUUUGCCGCCUGCUACAAAAACUAUUGGCAGUCUUUUGCGAUUUAAAAAAACUAGAGAUGAAUGGCAACGAAUUUUAGAUAGUGAAAUUUGGAAAUUGGAAGAGAUUGAGAAAGGUGUUUUAUCACCUUUGAUGUUGAGUUAUAAUGAUUUGCCAUCUAUGAUAAGACAAUGUUUUUCAUAUUAUGCUAUCUUUCCAAAAGAUCAUAAUAUAAAGAAGGAUCACUUGAUCAAAUUAUGGAUGGCUCAAGGUUAUCUUGGGUUUGACAAUGACACAGAGAUGGAGGUAACAGGCCAAGAGUAUUUUGAUUAUUUGGUAUCACGAUCAUUCUUCCAAGAGUUUCAAAAAGAUGAAGAUGAGAAUAUCAUAAACUGUAAGAUGCAUGAUAUAGUUCAUGACUUUGCUCAAUAUCUUAGUAAAAAUGAAUAUUUUACUAUGGAAAUCAAUGGAGGCAGCAAGGAGCUAGUCAUAAACACUUCCAAUGAGAAAGCUCGACAUUUGAUGUUAAUGCUUAACCACAAGGCUACAUUUCCCAUCUCCAUUUGUAGCAUCAAAAGUUUGCGGAGUCUCUUAAUUGAUUGUAAAGGUUUUAAGGAAUUGGUGUCUAAUGAUGUUCUACCAACUCUCUUUGGUGAAUCGACAUGUUUAAGGGCGUUAGACAUAAGUUUGGGAUUCCGAAGGGCGUUAAAAAUGAGUUUGGGAUUCUCAAGUGCGAAUUUCAUUACAACGAUUCCACAGAGAUAA